UUGAGUACUCUCUGGGAUGCUUGGCUGUGACAGAAGCACUGCCACUGUCUACCGAAGCUGAUCCCGAGACACUCAUGUGUAGAGUUUAACACAUGCUGGACAGGGCACCUGCUUGCUGGAGCCAAGGCUACAUGUUCCCUUAAUUCCAAGCCAUGAAUGAAUCCAGGUGGACUGAAUGGAGCAUCCUGAACAUGAGCAGUGGCAUUGUGAAUGUGUCUGAACGUCACUCCUGCCCACUUGGAUUUGGCUACUACAGUGCGGUGGAUGUGUGCAUCUUUGAGACCGUUGUUAUUGUCUUGCUGACAUUUCUAAUCAUUGCUGGGAAUUUAACGGUCAUCUUUGUUUUUCACUGUGCUCCACUCUUACACCAUUACACUACCAGCUAUUUUAUUCAGACAAUGGCAUAUGCUGAUCUUUUCGUUGGAGUUAGCUGCUUGGUUCCUACUCUCUCACUUCUUCACUACUCCACAGGUAUCCAUGAGUCAUUGACUUGCCAGGUUUUUGGAUAUAUCAUCUCGGUUCUAAAAAGCGUUUCUAUGGCAUGUCUUGCUUGCAUAAGCGUGGAUCGCUAUCUUGCAAUAACCAAGCCUCUUUCCUACAAUCAACUGGUCACUCCUUGUCGCCUGAGAAUUUGCAUUAUUUUAAUCUGGAUCUACUCUUGCCUCAUUUUCUUGCCUUCCUUUUUUGGCUGGGGGAAACCUGGGUACCAUGGUGACAUUUUUGAAUGGUGUGCCACCUCUUGGCUCACCAGUGCCUAUUUUACUGGCUUUAUUGUUUGUUUACUUUAUGCUCCUGCUGCCUUUGUGGUCUGCUUCACUUACUUCCACAUUUUCAAAAUUUGCCGUCAGCACACCAAAGAGAUAAAUGACCGGAGGGCCCGAUUUCCUAGCCAUGAGGUGGAUGCCUCUGGAGAGACCGGACACAGCCCCGACCGUCGCUACGCCAUGGUUUUGUUUCGGAUAACCAGUGUGUUUUACAUGCUGUGGCUCCCUUAUAUAAUUUACUUUCUUCUGGAAAGCUCCCGGGUCUUAGACAAUCCAACACUGUCCUUCCUAACAACCUGGCUUGCUAUAAGUAAUAGUUUUUGUAACUGUGUAAUAUACAGCCUUUCCAACAGUGUUUUCCAGCUAGGCCUCCGAAGACUGUCCAAGACGAUGUGCACAUCUUGUCUGUGUGUGAAGGAUCAGGAAGCACGAGACCCCAAACCUAGGAAACGGGCUAAUUCCUGCUCCAUUUGAAGAGAACUAUACAGUAAAUCCAGUGUAAUCUGACAGGGGUUUUGGAUUGUGUUCUUGAUUCUUCUAUAAUAUCUAAAUAAUUCUUCUGGAAGUUUGCCACUAGAGAAAUAUUUACUUGAAUAGUUGACUAUGAGAUGAAGGGACUAAAGAUUUCUUUUUUUUUUUCGUUCUCUUUUUCCACAGUGGUGGGGGAGGGGGAGCUAGAGAAAAGAAUGUAUAGAGGGUAAUCUCAUGAGAUAACUUUAGUAUGUGAGUAUAAAUGUACAGUAAUAACAAAAUUAAGCACUGAAGAUGAAAAAAUUAUUGAAAAAAGUAUCUCAGAGCUUCCACAGGACAUGAGCAAAGCCCCUCGGCAUCUCUGUCCUCUCUGACUGAGCUCUCUCCUCUGUCUUUGCCUCUCAUUCUGUCUGUCUGUCUCACUUUCUUUGUGUUUAUGGAAAUGACUUACAUAAAUUGCCCUUUAAAUGCUACAUAUAAUAUAUGUGGCAAAGUGCAAUUUUUUGCAUCAAAGUAUACUCUUAAAUGUACUAAUCUGCAACCCAUAAGUUGUCUCUCUAUGAAGGAUGCAUAGUAAGCAUUGAAUUUUAUUACCUGCCACAUAACCCUUUUGCUUGUGUUUUUAUAAUGUCCGCAGUGCAAAUUGUUUGCUAUAAACAAAAAGAAACAGUACUUUUGUUUCUUCUGGGUAAAAUUAUGUGUACCCAUCCCCACCCCCUUUCUAACAGCCUGCUAUUUUUUUCCUCCAUUGUUCUUGAUCUGCAUCCUUUGGUACCUUAAUCCAAAAGUGUCUUAGCUAAUGAAAGAAUCUACUAUAUAAAGCAAUCAUAAUCUUAAAUAAUCUGUUCCUUCCAACAAAGGUUCUUUGAGAUAUUGUGUUAAAUAUUUUUAAUAGCUUUUGUAUACAUUUUUAUCUGGUUCCUUUCCAAUUAGCUCAUGUGCCCAAAGUAGUGUCUUUUUUUUGCUAUAAUAAAGCUUUGUUUUUCUUUAAGGAAAUCCACAAAUAAUUCUAAUGGAGAUUUCAGAGUAUUCACCCAGAAGUAAGGUAUUGCUCUUCAAACCACACAGCGUGUCCUCCCCGCAAUCCAGUAGACAAUAUUAACCUUUUUGUGUUAGGUCUACGAAGCUUAGUGUUGCGUCCACCAAUCAUUUGUGUGAUAUGCAUUUGCAUAUACUAUAUUUUUUACAACAAAGAAAAUGUAAAUUAUAUUAUGUGAUCUGUGCCUAAUGUUUUCUUAGCACAAUACAUAGAUCAAUGUUGCUUAACUCAUCAACAUUGGAAAAAAUAUACAAAAACUUUAAAGAGAAAAAUACUUUUGUGUAGUUGUUAUUAGAUAUUUAUAUUAGAUCAAGCUGCAUUCUUAGUACUGCUGAGAAUACGAUAUACUUAAUUAUCAAAUACAGGUAAGAGCUGUCAGUAUUUCCUUUUGUAAUCUGUUUUCAUACGCAGAGAUUAAAUUAACUUAUUUUUUAGUGUGCUACAUGGAAUUGUAUAAUAAAUUGCCAGGGGUUUAGAUGUAGCAAAAUGGCAUUUGGGGGAAUCAGUCAGUAGUGAAGCAGGUGUGAGUGGUAAAACAUCUAAAUCUUACUUUUUUACUAUAAGUUUCCUGCCUGACAGAUAUUUUAAAGUUUAUAUCAGACUACUGAGUAUUUUUCUUCUCAGCAUUUUGAUUUAUUUGUUUUAUGAAAUGCAUUUAAUGAAAUGUGCCUAUGACUUCAAAUUGGAAGCCUAGUGUGUUUGCACACAAGUGGUUUGACUUCAGAGGUCCGUUAAUAGCAAUGUCAUCAUUUUAUUGAGGUUGUUUUGAACCUGUGUAUAUUUUUAAACAUGU